UCCCUUCUGAAUUACGUCAGACGAACCACACAAACUCUUGGCUUCCAGAUCUGAGGCGCUCUCUCGCUACAAGCCUACAAAGCCUCCCAACGGUGAACGACGCAACCUUCAGGUCAGGUGUAACCCUAACCAACUACCAACCCUCGGUAGGUAAUGGGUUUUUCUUUUCACAUCUAUCUUCCAAAAAUCAAACGUCUCAUUUGCCGCCCACAACUCCAAGAGGAGAUUAGUAAAAUCUUUAGUAUCCAUCCCUGAUACUUUGUUUUACGAACCUGGUUUAAUUGUUCACAUAUCAGAUGUUUUGCAUAAAGGAUCUCCAGCGUUUUCUACACAAGAAUUUCCCUGUCUUGGUGUUAUAUGGCUCUGCAUCAUUUUCAGAAAACAUGACAGAAAUACUCAGUUACACCGCAUGCAGACAGUUGUCUCAGAUGGUUUCUGCAAUCAUCUUCUUUCACGCUUCUGAAUAUAUCUUAGCAGUUGGCAUUCAUGGGAGAUCCAAUGUUACUCUAAAGUCCCUUCUGAUUAGCAAAAACUACCUCUUGGCAAUGAUCUUAUCUUUCUUAGAGUACUUCCUUGAAAUUGUGUUGUGUCCCAGUCUGAAGGAAUACUGGUGGGUUAGUCAGACAGGCCUUGCAAUGGUUGUAGUUGGAGAAAUCGUCCGUAAACUGGCCAUCAUAACUGCAGGCCGGUGUUUUACACAUCUGAUCAAGAUCUAUCAUGAGGACCAUCACAACCUGGUUACUCAUGGAGUCUAUAGCUUUGUCCGUCAUCCUGGAUACAGUGGUUUCCUCGUGUGGGCAGUUGGCACUCAAAUCAUGCUCUGUAAUCCCAUUUCAACCAUUGCAUUUGCUGUUGUGGUUUGGCACUUCUUUGCUGAACGGAUUCCGUAUGAAGAGUACUUCUUGAGACAGUUUUUUGGCCAUGAGUAUGAGGAGUACGCGAAUCGGGUAUCUUCUGGAGUGCCAUUUGUGAAAUGAGCUUGGACUGAUGAUUUUGAUGCUUCAUCAACAGAGUUCAUGAUUCUGUCCUUGAGGUAUUUGGAACUUUUUAGGGGAAGUAGUUUUUGUGUUGUAUAUUAAGGCUACUGAUUGAUGAUUUUUGGGAUUGCUUCUAUGGUUAACAAGCCUUUGGAUCUACUUGUAACAUUUUUGUCAGUUAUAAAGGAAAUAUAUAUCAUUUAAACUCCCUUGAAGAAUGGGAUAUGAAAUUCCUUGUCUGGAUUUUAGAUC